UCCCCUUACUAAACACAUUCUGCUUUUGCUGUGCCACAGUGAAGAUGAGACACACACUCGUUCUGCUGCUGUUCUGCCAUGUAUGUCUGCAUGAGACAGUAGAUGCUAGGACAGUAUGUAGUCGCCCCCCUCCUGUGGAUGGUUCAGAGGUUCUGGGGGGUCAGCGUGUGUUUGAGCCUGGUGAGCUGGCCAUCCUCAAAUGUAGUCAAGGGUAUACACCCAUCAGCGGUUCCCGUAACAUCAUAUGCACCAUUACAGGAGAGUGGACCAAACGCUCCUUACAAUGCUCACCAAAACGUUGCCCAACUCCUGACCCUCCCGCCAAUGGAAAUGUUGUGGUUAGUAGCAUUGUGUUCCAGAGCACCAUCAGUUACACCUGUAAUGAAGGUUAUAUACUACAUGGAAACAGUUCUAGUGAAUGUUUACACACAGCGACAUGGAGCAGCCCAGCCCCUAGGUGUAAACCUGUGACCUGUGGGCUGCCAGUGAUUCCAAAAUAUGCAAAAAUAAUUUAUGAUAAGGUCUUUACUGGUAACACCACAGAGUUUGGGUUCGGCAUUACCUACAAGUGUUUGCCACCACUGGCACUGUUCGGUAACGAGAGGGGCUACUGCACACCUAACAGAACAUGGACAGACCCACCCGAGUGCCGUGAAGUGUCCUGCCAAGUCCCAGCUGCUAUAGAAAAUGGAUUUAUGACAUCUGCUUUUCACAGAGAGUAUGUCUACAUGGAGCGGGUCAAAUAUGGCUGCAAUAAGGGCUAUGUUCUGGAUGGACCCAUGGAGAUCGUCUGUGAAAAGAGUGGGCAAUGGUCAAAUAAGCCCAUUUGUAAAGAAGAUGCUAAAUAAAUGUGGAAUUCUCUCACAAUAGUAGAAAUAUCUUUAAAAGUCUGUGAACUUGGCUGCAAAUGUUCUUUAAAUUUUGUAUGAAUCAAAAAUAAAUGUAUUAAAUCAUUGGUGAA